AUAAUUUAUUAAAAAAUGUCACAUUUAAUAAGACUGUUGACUAAAGUGUCUACUGUCUUUUUUACUGAGUUUGCUGAAACAGUCAGUUACAACACUUAUACAGCAAGGCUCCGUAUUGUCACAGAGCAAAGUCUCUCGGCAUUAUCCUAAUAAUGCGGCUUCCUCAUUAAUGCGUUUGUGUGUUGGCAUUGUUAUAUGUGGGAGGGGAAACGUUCGUGUUGCGUCAGCUAGCAACUUUAUACACGACACACAAUCUUUAUGCAUAUAGUAAAAUUUAAACGAAUUUUUUCCCUAAAAACGAAAUAUUGUAUUGUGACGUAAAUUAAAUCGAAUUUACAUACAAGUCGACUCGUAAGCUACCACCCAUGUUACAACGACUGUCGUUGCCCGUCACGCGAGGAUAACCAGGUUAGAUUCAUUCAUUAACUGGUGUUGUAUAUUCUAGCAGCGGUCGAACCAACGCCCACGAAAACAUCUUUUAUAAACAUGCGGUUAGUGCCGUGUGCACACGACCUCGCACAGAACGGUUGAGCAGACACGCAGUGUAUGAACCACCGCGUGCCUAUCACUUUACAAUGUAAGUGAAGCACCGCAGUGUGUUAGCGUGUGGUUUGUGUGUCUGAGCACGCGCCCUCAUACUGUGUAGGUCUGUAGGAUGUAUAGCGCAGUAUGCUAGACCAUGUACGUUUUGUAGCCGAGUAACAAUGUCGUUGUUUGAUAUACUAGCGUUCAAAUUGUGUCAGUGUGGAUUGUAUGAAACUGUACGGAUACUGAAAGAAGAAGAAAUCGAAAGUGACGUAUUGGAUAUGAUCACGGAAAACAUGUUGUUUAAAAUCGGGGUCAAACCACUUGGAGUUCGUCUCCGUGUGUUGAAGUUAAUAUCCCAGCUACCACGCGAGAUUAAGUUGGAGGUUCAAGAAAAUGUUCCGACGGAAGUUAUUGAUGUCCCAACAUCAAGCAUGAGAUUUGAGGAAGAGUCCUCCGGACACACAGAUCAACUGAGGCAGGAUAUGAUCUUCGAAACAUCAACAGAACAAGGGAAGCAAAUCAGCGAAGUGCCGGAAACGCAUGUUGGAGCAAUGAAUAGAUAUAUAAGUCAUGAUGAAGCAAGCAUGAGUUCUUCUUCAUGUGAAAAUGAUGAGUCACUGAUGAUCAAUAUAAACUCACACAGUCUCGUGAAUGAAUUACCGUCACCGAUUCCGUACCCAAACUUUUCUAUGUUUGUUUUACGAGCGGAAAAAGAAGGUUCAGUUUUAUCUGUGCGCUCGCACAUAAUAAGGGAAUGUGCGGUUUUCUAUCUUGCUUUGGUUCCUAACCUAUCCAAACAUUACAGCCCAAUCUGUAGAAGAAUAAUCCAGAGAUUUCCACAGUUGAUGGAUAAAGUUUUCGUGCCAGGCAAACACAGAUUUAUGAAGUUAAAAAAGGAUUUAGCGCAAAGUGUUCGUAACCAACGGCGACCAGGUAGAAAGAAUGCACCUCGUGGACGUGGUAUGCAUGGGAAAAACUUUCAGACUACAAAGGUUGUAACAAGAGCUUUGUUGGAUAAAGAGGUUGAGUCGUUUAAAAUGUGGAUGAAAGUUUCCAAACCUUCUGUGGGAGAUGUGUUGAAGAAAUACAAGAUGUUGGGUUCAUCAGAUUGGAUGGUGUACCAAGCAGGGUUGUUGCUUCAGAUUCCAAACUUCAUGGAAUAUAUGGAAGAUAGUUUAUGGAAUCUUUUCAAAAGUUUCCACAAAUUAAUGAUGAACACAGUUGAAGAUGAGACAUAUGAUGAUGAUGAACAGACUGAACUUGACCGAGUGGCAAUCCUUCAAUUUAUUGAACAACAAGUUGGGACAAAGUCAAGUAUUCUGAUCGAGGAAGGGACUGUUGUAUCAUCAAGCCCACAAUAUGUGAUCACCAAGUCAUGUGAUGGUGGUAUUAGCACAGCAAGGUUAAUGUGUGAUGGACAACCAAUAGUAGUGGUUCAAGAUCCAUCUGUGUUCCUACUACUUACAAUGUGGAUAUCUGUACACUGCGUGUUUAAUAUACCAUAUAGUGGAUGCAUGGUAAACCUAGCUCAACUGAUAGAGAGCAUAAUACUAAUGGGGAAAAAUCAAACCUUCAUAUACGGCAAUGAAGGUUUUGAGACACACCACAUAAAAUCGGAGAAAAUGAAAGAGUUUUUAUCGAAACUAAACCUCACAAACAUGAAUGUUACGGACUUACCCUUGGUUGUACCGCAGGAUAUUUGAAUAAAUGGACUUUCCCGAAGUCGUCA